CACGGUCUGUGGCAGUAACUGUGCAUCUACUGUCACGGUCUUCACUGGAUGUUCUGAGACACCGACAAGUCUCCCAUGGUACUCUACUUCUACGAUCAGAACCUCGUUCACAGCCCCUUUUGGUUCAACUGCUUCGACCGCUUCGACAGCAAGUACCUCCCUCAGCGUUCCGUCAUCCUAUACCGGAUCAACAACAAGUGGUACUUCGCCCAGUAGUCCUGUAGAUUCUUCGUCUAGCUCUUUCUCUUUUCCUGGCACUAUCGUUCCAUCGCCGAGUCCGCCUUACCCCACAGGGUCGAUUAUAAACUCGACAACUAACACUAUUACCAUACCAGAGACCUCGACCAGCACAUGGUAAGGACAAUAGUUCUGUGUAUAAGUGCCCUGAGAGAAGCAUGGAUACUAAUAAAUAGCAGCACUGAUGAAUACACAACUAACACCGAAAGCUUUCCCACGCCCGGAUUGCCUAGUGGAAGCACAUCGACCUUGACCGCAACCGAUUCGACGGGCAUUCCAGGGGUGUCGACUUCGAGCACAGCGGAAACGUUGCCGACUGGAAGUAGCACUGACCUGACUUUCACUUACCCAUCUGGGACGAGCACGCCCAUUGGUCCACCAGUGAGUACUGGCAGCACUACCUACGUAUCCGGGUCGAGUACGGUCGUUGGCCCGCCAGUGAGCACCGGGAGCACCACCACCGACCUAACGUUCACCUACCCCUCUGACUCAACAACGCUCGUCAGCCCACCCGCAAGUACCGGAAGCACCACUUUCCCCUCGGAGUCGAGCACCGUCGGCCCACCCGCAACCGGAACACCAUCUACCACGGGGUACUCAGCAAGCACCCCGACACCAUCUCUGGGUCAUUCAACCCAAACCUCCACCCUGACCCUCACCCUCACUUCCAGCGAGACGGAGACCCUAACUUCCGCGACGUCCGGCACAGAUGCCCACGGCUCAAGCACCGCCACCGCCAGUGAGAGCGAUUCCACCUCAACCGAGUCGUACGGGUCUACUGCUACUACAUCCACGGAGACAGAGACAGCGACAGCGACAGCGACGGGGAGCAUCUCAACAUCACCAACAUCGCCCAGCAGCAUUGGCUCGUCAACUAUUAGUAGUUCGAACUCUACCACGGGCACCUGGACCUGGUCUCACACCUACUUCACGUCGUCCUACCCGUGGCUGAGCACCGGGACGGAAAGUUCCCCUGCCACAGCCACGACGAGCACGUUCAGCCAAUCGACUACGACUACAACAGACUCGCUCCCCACGCUCCCCACGCCGACAGGAUCGUUCAGCCAGCCGACUACAACUACAUAUUCGACGCCCUCGCCCCCCACGCCAACCCCAUCAUUCAGCAGCGGGACCGGCAGCUUUUCUUCAUACCCCAUCUCGCCCGGCCCUUCCAUAGGAACAACAGAGACGCUACCUAGCACCUCCUACUCAUACACAACGACCGUCUUCAUCGGCUCCUCGAGCUUCUCGGAAACACUCCCUACCAUCCCCUUUAUCACACCCAGCAGCAGUAGUAGUUACGGAUCCAUCUCGUCGUCGUCGUCGUCGUCUUAUGAUGGGUCAUCUACAUUGACCUCCACGCUCACGAUUCCCUCGAGCUCCACGUACGCGACCACCAGCGUCGCGGGGCCGCCUGUCUCCACUAGCGGAACAUCUGGCAGCUCGCCGGCGACCGGCUCCGGUUCUUCGUCAUUUUCUUCUUCUUCUUCUUCUGGCGUAGGAUCCUCUUAUUCUUCGACGACGACGACAGCUCCCGUGACUACUUCUUACUCGCAGCCCGAAGUCGUGCCAACUGGUGGCCCAAGUUCCACGUGCCUUGAACAGCCGAUUUACGGAGGCGGAUACACCUACGUCUGCUACAGCAUCCCGGCGGCGUCAUCGACGCCAGUGAUCAUCAGCACUAGCGAGACAAGCGCAGUCACGGGUCCGACUCCCACGCCCAGCUUCCCGUCAAGUGGCCCUUCCAGUAGUAGCAGCUAUCUUACCUCGCCACCGCAGACUUCAACCUUGACCAUACCCUCCGAGUCAUCAAGUACCAUCUACUCGACCGGCAGCACGGACGCAGGAUCCGGAACAGCAUCAUCUUCACCAGGCAGCACAGGGACAGAGACAUUCCCCACUCCUCCUCCCCUGACCACUGGCUACCCAACCAGCAUCCCAGGCCUCAGCACUACCAGCACCGUGAUCGCCACGCCGUUCCCAUCAAGCUACGUCUCCUCCACCGGCGGCAGCGACGCCGUCACCGCAACCCCGCUGCCGUCCACCACAUGCAUCUCCGGGGGCUACGGCGGCGAAGAAGUCUGCUUCCCGCUCGAGACCGCGGAGCCGACUACAGACAGCGCCCCCGUCAGCGGGACGUCUGCUACUGACGCCGUGACGGGCUCGCCGUCGACCCCGACGACCUUUCUCACCCACUCCCAGUCUACCACUUCAACAGGCACCGGAUACCCCACCGACAUCCCUGGCAAGGUCGGUGGCGCUGGGGAAAGCGAGUACGGACAUGUGGGCUGGAAGUGGUGGAGCGGCCCCAAGGCUCACGGGGAGAAAGCCAGAGGUGGUGAUCGCGUGCGCCGCGGGUGGCGUAUGGUCUAGUUUCACAUUUACUCACGACUCACGGGUAGCUCUUGAGAGCAAGAGAGGGGUGUAUCGUACAAAAAAAAAAGGGGGGGGGAAGAGGGUUGGAUGCAUAUUUCACUUCUUGUCACUCGUUUGCUGGCUCCUCAAUUUGGACUGCCAUUUAUUUACCUUCAUUUCUUUGGGAACUAACAAGGCGGAAGAGGGGUUUGAAGGGACUUGGGGAUAUAUGAUGGGGGUGUAUUUGAUACUAUGUAUGUAGACACGAGUUGCCGAGAUCAUGCUCGCGAUAGGUAAUAGGCAUUUAUCCUAGGUAGGUUAGUAGGUGAGGUGGUUACUAUUUGGGUAGGCAUGGAAACAAUUGAUGAGAGUUCUUAACCCGGCUGCUUGGACUUUUGCGUGAUGUUUUUGAAUUUGGACAAUCAAGUCUUGGCUCCAUUGGAACGUUCAUCCUUCUCGCUGUGAUAGGCAAAGGCAGAGCUGAGUUGGAGGGAAGGAUCGCGCCCUUGGUUGGGUUGGUGGAAAGACCCCAUGCUGGAUUUGAGAAAUCCCAGGGCUGUACUUCGUACUAUGUACUGUAACUUCAAAUGUUUGACGGCGGCAUUUGAAAGUACAUAACGUUAACUAGAUGCCAUGUGCCAUGUGAUUGCUGUAUACUUCGUACAACUUGAAUAUUGAAUGUAUCCAAUUGAUUAGUACUACCAUACAUCAAGUAUGAGCCUAUGAGAUAGUUAAAAAGACGAAAUUG